CCUAAUUUCACCAGUUGCAUCUUACAUGGCCUAAAUAAGAUCGAGUAGUCGACAGUACUGCUCCUGCGGCCAUUGAUUCAACCAAUAUCUAGUCGUCAUGGCCCCUCCCCCCGAGCACGUUGCCCGGAUCAUGCUGUCAUGGCACUCCCUCGACCUCAUCUCGUGCACCACCCUCCAGACGCUGUGGGCAGGCUACGGCCACAUCUGCGCCAUCACAGCCCGAGCAACCACCGAUGCAGCGGCUGAACAUGUCAGCAAGCUUUGUGGUGUGGAACCGGGAACCGCCGGGAGCACCUAUCCCCUCAUCCUCAAGCUCAUCUCGCCUCCCAGGAGGAAUGGCAGCGGCAAUGAGGACGAGGGCCACCUACGCAAGAUGCUGAGCUAUGAAGUAGAACAGUAUUUCUAUACUGCCGUGGUUCCGCUGUUGGGCGAUGGGAUUGCUGUGGCUAGAUGCCUUGCCUCGACGCGAGAUGUAGAGGGCAAAGAGGGUGCAGAGGAACUGGACCAUCUAAUAGCCACCAUCAUGGUUGAUCUGCGGCCACGCUUCCCCGUCGCGGGCGGACAGAGAAGUGUGCUCAACCGCACCCAAGUAGAGCGGUCGAUCGACUGGCUGGCUUCCUUUCACAGUCGCUCAUGGGGGCUGCUGUCCAACGACCUUGAGGAAUAUCUCUUACCACCCCUGGAAGAAGUCGUCAGAAGAAGACAGGGCGCAGGCAAAGAUGUCCAGAACGGGCUGUGGCUCAAUGGGGGAUACACAUAUCUUGCGACUCGACGCAAUGAGUACUCUUCCCUCGCUCAAGACACUGACUCGGAGUGGUCAGACGCCCUGUGUAGGGCUUAUGAAGGCACGUUACUUUCUAUUGCUGAGAUGGCGGCACUGUGUCUGACGCCCAACGGGAGGCCGAUGGAAUCAUAUAUCCAUGGGGAUGUCAAGUCGGAGAAUCUCUUCACCACAACGAAUGGAGACGAGGUGGCAUUCUUUGACUUUCAGUAUGUUGGGCGGGGUCUUGGUGUGUGUGACCUCGCCAAGCUGUUUACGUGCUCCGUCCCUCUCUAUAUGCUUGUCGAUGCCAACGAAUCGCUCCCGGAGCGGCUGACAAUGCGGGAUGGUGAGAAACAGCUGCUGCAACAAUACCGCACGCGUCUCCUCCAGGAUGAAGAGUCGGAUCUGUAUGAAUGGACAGUGUUCAAACGCCACUGGGAGACAGCCCUGGUGGACUGGUGUAGAUUCCAGGCCUCUUGGGGCUUCUGGGGGAACACAGAGUGGCUUGAAGCCCGUGUAAGGUCGAUCUUGAGUGACCAGGAGUGGAGAGGCUGGCUGCAUCAGAAUAUUAAUGGUGGUAUUCUAUAACUACAGCAUAAUACUUUUGAUUCUCUGACAAGGUAAUAGAUGAGAUUAUAGAUUAUUGCAACACCUACUAGACAGCUGGCUCUAUACUGAGGCAGGAGACCUGCCUGUACAGAGAUAGAAAUGUAUUAUAGUCGGCAAGCAUGGUCUUAGUGUAGACUCUCUUGUGCAAUUUCUUAAUGAGUAAGCAUUUCACUCCCUUCUUGCUCAAGUCUUCUAUCUAUUAUUAUUAGCUAUACUUGAAAUGCAUCUCUCUUUGAAGACAGG